AUGUUACAAACGCUCGAGGGCCAUACUAAUUCGAUCAGCUCAGUUGCUUUCUCGCCUAAUAGCAAGCAGAUAAUAUCCGGAUCUUCGGAUAACACACUACAGAUCUGGGAUAUAGCAACAGGAGAGCAGUCGCUUUCUCGCCUGAUAGCAAGCAGUACGAGUCUGGGAUAUAGCAAGAGGAGAGCAGAUUCUUCCAACGAGGGCCAUACUAGCGAGGUCUACUCAGUCGCCUUUUUAUCCGAUGGUAAACAAAUAAUAUCUGGAUCUUACGAUAACACAAUGCGGGUCUGGGAUAUAACAAUAGGAGAGCAGAUUCUUCCAACACUUAAGGGCUAUAUCAGCGAGGUUAGCUCAAUCGCCUUCUCGCUUGAUGGUAUACAGGUAGUGUCCGAAUCAGAUAAUCUAAUGCUACCACAUACUCUAGUUUUAUCAAAUAAUUGGGUCAUAGAAGGUGGUGUAAAUAUUCUCUGGCUACCUUCUGAGUAUUGUAUAAUGGUUGUUGCUAUUUAUCGUGGAUUUGUUGUUCUAGAGCAAAGUUCUAGGAGAAUUUCAUUUUUUGAAUUUGCGCAUACGUCAAAGUUUCCGUAA